GCACGGAGCUCCCUGCCUCCUCCUCCUCCGGAAAAGAGCCGAGCAAACGUUGAUUAUUCCUCGUCUCCCACCUCUGACCCACCUCCUCCUCCUGCAAACGGGGGAGCUCCCCGGGAAGGCGUCGGGCCUGCACUCCUCCACCCCCCUCCUCGCCCUGGAAAAGUCGGGGGGUCUCCGCCCGACCCCCUUUUGCGGCCCUGUCCUCCGACCCCCACCCGCCCGGGAGGCUCGGAGUGGGGGGCGGGAGGGGGAAAAAGGAGGAGGAGCAGAGGGAGCGGCGUCCAACCUCCUGCUCAUUGAGAGAAAGAGGAAAUACUCCGAGCCCUGUUGGCUUCUUCCAGAAGGAGAAAGGGACCCUCGACCCGAAGCAACCGCCCUUGCUGUGGAUUUUUUUUUCCCCCCUUUACACCCACGCAGACCGUCCCCCCCGGUGGUUUGCAAAGUGGACUGGAACCGUGUGGAAGGGGGAAAAGUUGGCUGCGGGGCUGGAUCCGUUUGCAAACCGCAGGAAGGAGAAAAUACGAGGGGGAGAGUGGCUGGUGCCGAGCCGGGAUCACGGAGUUCAGAUGUGUUCUAAGCCUGCCGGAGUGAUCACUCUUCAGGUCCCCGAUGGAGACGAGAGCUCAGAACGGCAGCGGGUCUCAGCCCUUGCUUCAGGCUCACCGUGACAGCGGGAGGCAGCAUGGGGAGCCUGACCUGAGGGAUGCUCUCGCCCAGGGGGUCCACGUGUUGUCCCUGGACCAGAUCCGAGCCAUCCGAAACACCAACGAGUACACCGAGGGACCCACGGUGGCCCCGCGGCCGGGGGGCAGGGCCGCCGCCCCCCGCCCCGCCGCGCAGCCCAAAAGCGAGAGGCCGCCGGGCUUGGCCGAAAACCGCCAGCUUCACCGGGUCCAGCACUCCCAGAUCCAGCAGUCGGCCCGAGCGCCUCUGUCCCGCUCCAUCAGCGCCGUCAGCACGGGGUCGCGGAGCAGUACAAGGACGAGUACCAGUAGCGGGUCCUCGGAGCACAGACUCCUGGGGUCGUCCCACCCCCCUUCGGGGCUCGUGGCCGACGGGAUCGUUCGGGUCCAGCCCAAAUCCGAGCUGAAGCCGAACGAGCUGAAGCCCCUGAGCAAGGACGACUUGGGCACGCACGCCUACAGGUGCGAGGACUGCGGGAAAUGCAAGUGCAAGGAUUGCACCUACCCCAGGCCCCUGCCUUCGGACUGGAUCUGUGACAAGCAGUGCCUCUGCUCCGCGCAGAACGUCAUCGACUACGGGACCUGCGUGUGCUGCGUGAAGGGCCUCUUCUAUCACUGUUCGAACGACGACGAGGACAACUGCGCCGACAACCCGUGCUCCUGUAGCCAGUCCCACUGCUGCACCCGGUGGUCCGCCAUGGGGGUCAUGUCGCUCUUCCUGCCCUGCCUGUGGUGUUACCUCCCGGCCCGGGGCUGCCUGAAGUUGUGUCAGGGGUGUUACGACCGGGUCAACAGGCCCGGCUGCCGCUGUAAAAACUCCAACACGGUGUGCUGCAAAGUCCCCAAUGUCCCACCCAGGAACUUCGAGAAGCCAACAUAGCGCUGUUCAUCAGGAACGCCCCGGUACUGAGGAUUAUAACUUUUAACACACAUAUGCAACCGACUAAACAGCUAUAAUCUUGGCACUGUAGGGAGAGGGUUGGGAUAGUCUCCGCAGUUUGCAGUGUGAAAUGCUUUUUUGUGUGUGUGCCAUCUUAACUGAUAUGCUUGUUAGAACA